AUGAGUCGGUUGAAUAAAAAUAAGAGUAUUUGUAGUGAUGGUGGUGCCAGUAAUGAAUCUUCUGCAGGGGGAAUAGCUGGAGAAAGUGAUAGUCAUCUUGAUCAUGAAAUUGCACAGCUCACAAAACUUAGGUCAAGUCCCCAUGAGCUUUUUGGGCGUGCUUUGUCUGGUAGGAUGAGGUUACCUGCAUCUACUGUGAGAAUGUUAGUUGGUAGAGAAUGUAAUUUUUCUGGAAGAGGGAGAUUUUCAUCAGCUGAUGGAUGUCAUGUGUUAAGCCGCUAUUUGCCUACCAAAGGUCCUUGGAUUGUGGAUCAGAUGAAAAGCCGUGCCUAUGUUUCACAGUUUUCUGAUGAUGGUUCUCUUUUUAUUGCUGGUUUCCAGGGAAGCCACAUCAGGAUCUAUGAUGUUGAUAGGGGCUGGAAAACUAAAAAGGACAUCUCUGCUAGAAACUUACGGUGGACAAUUACUGAUACAUCUCUCUCACCAGAUCAACUCUAUCUUGUUUAUGCCAGUAUGUCACCAAUUAUCUAUAUUGUUACUGUGGGAUCUGCAACAACAGAGUCAAUAGCAAACAUUACAGAAAUUCACCAUGGAUUAAAUUUCUCUUCCGAUGAAGAUGAUGAUGAAUUUGGAAUUUUCUCUAUAAAAUUUUCAAAGGAUGGUCGAGAGCUUGUGGCUGGAACUAGUGACAGCUCAAUAUGUGUAUAUGAUCUUGGAGCAGAUAGGCUUAGCCUUAGAAUUCCUGCUCACCAGUCUGAUGUUAACACUGUCUGCUUUGCUGAUGAAUCUGGCCAUCUAAUAUAUUCUGGAAGUGAUGAUAGUUUCUGCAAGGUGUGGGAUAGGCGUUGUUUUGUCUCCAGAGGACAACCAGCUGGUAUCUUAAUGGGACAUUUAGAAGGCAUUACAUUCAUUAAUAGCCGUGGGGAUGGUCGAUAUUUAAUUUCGAACGGAAAAGAUCAAACUACCAAAUUAUGGGAUAUAAGGAAGAUGACUUCUAAUGCUAUAAAUCUGGGUCUUGGAGAUGAUGAGUGGGACUACCGGUGGAUGGACUACCCUGAAUAUGCAAGAAAUCAAAAACAUCCUCAUGAUCAGUCAUUGGCAACAUAUAAAGGUCACACGGUGCUGCGUACUUUAGUGCGCUGUUAUUUCUCACCUUCAUACAGCACUGGUCAAAAGUACAUUUAUACCGGGUCUAGUGAUUCCUCUGUAUAUAUAUAUGACCUGGUAAGUGGUGCUCAAGUUGCAAAACUUGAUCAUCAUGAAGCACCUGUACGAGACUGUAGUUGGCACCCUUAUUAUCCAAUGAUGAUCUCUUCAGCAUGGGAUGGUCACAUUGUUAGGUGGGAAUUUCCAGGGAGAGAUGAAGCCACUGCUGCUCCCUAUAAAAGAGCAGGUCGAAUUCGUAGAAGAAAUUUGCGUGAUCUAUAG